AUGGGCUCUCGGUGGACGACCCGGCUGGACGACUCCCAGUUCCCAUCUGACUGCGCAGGCCUACAAAGUCUCUUUCCCAAGGCGCACCUAGUCUUCUUCACGCAGCGCAUCCGGCGAGGGGGGUUGCGCCUGUUUUUCCAGACCGCCGUCUUUGUCUUGGUAGUCCUUCUUCUCUUGCCGCGGACGUCUUGGCGCUAUCGCAGCCUCUUGAACUGGUCGAGCGCCAAGUCGCAAGAUGCUGGUAGGCUGAGGGUAGUCGUCUUUGGUUCCCAAGACUUGCUUGGCAGCUCCCCCGGUGUUCGCGGCCAAGGGGCCACGUGGACGGAGCAGCUCUGCAAAGAGCUCAACUGCCACUCGUACCUCUCUUUCGUUCCCGAAGCCGGCUCGAGGCGUGCACUCACAUCUGACGCCCUCUACGCCAACGAACUUGACGCACUCGAGCAGCGCAUGAACACAACCGACUUGGCGGAGCCGCCUGCUCUCAACUACGAGUUCGCCUUUGAACAGUAUCCUGUCCCGGGGCAGACGCCGGACCUAGAGGCACAGAUCCAGCAGUUCCUGUCGCUGCCUCCCGACCCCAUCGCGUCGCGCAACACUCUCUGGGUCAUGAGCUUUGGAACCUGGGACAUUUGGAACUUGGCGGCUCUGCCACUUGAGAUGGGCGAAAACGUCGUCGAUGCCAUUGUCUCACGACUCUUCGCGCAGGUCGAUGUGCUUUAUCGAAAAGCGCUGGAUCCGACAUCGAUUGCCUACUCAGACUUUUGGUCUGGCGCCAGCAAAUCUGACAUUGAACGGUUGGCGGGCGCGAAUGUCACCGCAAAGGUCGACGAGCGGGAGCUGGAAAGCUUUCGGCUUGUCGUCCCGACGCUGUUCGACGUCACGCUUGCCCCCGGAUGGCAAAGACGGCCGGAGCCCCCGACUCCGCACAACAAGGCCGAACAAAUGCGCAACGCAGCCUCCCUGACAAAGCGGUGGAACUCAAAGACAGUAGAAGAGCUGGGACGUUGGAUGGCCAAGGGAAGGGCAAGGCCCGAAGCCAUGGAUGAAGAAGGCAUCGAAGAGGCUAUCGAGGUGACCAGGGCGGGCUCUGUUUCGGAGUAUGUGUUGACCGCUCUGCGGCCUCGAGGUGGCCGCAACGAUGAUGCCAAGGUGGAAGAGGGCGUCAUUUACACGCCAUAUCCACGCAGAGCCGGGCUGCAGACCAAUUCAGCCGCCAUGGUGUUGGAUGCCAUGACGGAGGAAGAAAUGCAGCGGUCCCAUCUCAGAGACAGUCUGGGUCGGGGCACAUGGGCCGUCGACUCCCGACUGCGCUUCUUGGACAUCUGGAACCCGUGCUUGAGGCCCGGAAAGGCCGGUGUGGCGGGGGUCGAGAUGAGCUUGAGCGGAGAGGCGUGUUCUAAUCCCGACGACCACCUAUUCCAUGACGACUUCACCGUCGGGAGGCGGGCCAUGCGAGAGGUCGCGCGGAUGACGGCAGAGAGGGUGUCGAGCGAGUUGUUUGUUCCAGGUAGGGAGCAAAGGCGUUGA